CUGGAAACAGGACGUGACUCGGACACGUGAUUCAGUGCUUCAAGUUCUGAUCAGUAAAAAAACAUUUAUCAGAGUUUCUCAUUGUUUUUGAUCGGGCUGAUUGUGGUGAAAAAGGGGCACCGCGGUGAUACCAAACAAAAUGGAAAACACUACUUUUGAUGAUGUUGUCUUCAAUCUGUCGACUACCCCGAGCCCAAUUGAGCCACCAGUCGCUGGUUCAAUCCUGGUGGGAAUUCUUCUGCUCCUGUUGGUCAUCGUCACGCUGGCCGGCAACAUCAUGACCAUCUCUGCCUUCAUCUCCAAUGUUCUUCUCAAACAGAAGCCUAGCAACCUCCUGCUGCUCAGCCUGUCUUGCUGUGAUCUGGUGGUCGGGGCCACGGGGUUGCCUGUGGCGGCAAUCCACACGGGUCUCGGAUACUGGCCUCUGGGCAAGGCCGCCUGCGUCACCUUUGCCUUCUUUUCAGUGGUCGGUGUCUCGGCCGGCAUGUACACGGUCACCGCUGUCAGCUUGGAUCGCUACUUCUUGGUGUCCAGGGAGUACCCGGCUUAUCUCAAGCUCCAGUCCUCCCGAAACGUUAAGUUGACCAUCGCUGCUGCCUGGACAGUUGCCCUUCUAAUCGGUUCGUGCGAGGCUAUUCUCUGGCUCGUGGGUGACUACUCCUCCGUGGAUUACAGCAGGGAAUGUCUGUCUCCCGUACGCAGCGAUCCUCGAUUCAUUCUUGUCAUUUUCAUCCUGCUUUUCGUCAUUCCGUUCUUCGUCAUACUCGUCUCGACCCUCCGGUUUUCCAUGUUACUUCGCAGGCGCUUGCGGAAGCGGAAAGGCCCCCGGAGACGGUCAGUCGACGUCGUCAACAACAGACUGGUCCACCCGAAGGACGCCGACAAGGACCCGCCUACCGUAGCGAGUAGCACGCUGAUGAGCUCGGAAUCUCCGAGCGAAAUGGAAACCACCGAGUUCAGUAGCACACCGAACUCUCACCAGCAGCCGCCGCUCAGCCCGGGCGGUGCCGUGGAACCACGCCGCCCCCUGAAACGGAAGACCAUGGAUGCCUCGUGGAGGAAGAAAUCCUUCUUUGGAUUGGGUGACGGAUCGCUGGGAGGCGCGGGCUCCUUCUCCCGCGCCAAGGUGAGACGCAGGUACGUGAAACCAGCCGUGAGACUCGCGAUUCUCUUAGGAGCGUUCGCGCUCUGCACGCUUCCCUACCCUAUCUUCAUCGUCCUAUCCAAGGGAUCCGAUUGUGACGACUGCAUUUCCAGACAAGUCAGAAAUCAUCUGUCGAACCUGCUGCUAUCCAACUCUGGUCUGAAUCCCUUCCUAUAUGCCGUCAUGCACAGGAAGAUUCGAGAGUACUUUAAGAUGAAGCUGACAUGUAAUCGAAAAUGCUGUUGAGUGAAGCAUGCAUGUUUCACUUGUAACUCUGUCCAACUCAUGUUUUGGAACUCACUGAAACAUUGUGUUUGUGUUUUUAGGCAAACACAGUCCUACAAUAAAAUAUAUCCACCCAGGGUUACCAAUGGGUACGCUACAUGUGAGGGUGGAGAGAAGAAUAUGCUGACUUCGAGGUACUGCAGAAACAAGACAAGUCGAUAAUGGCUUGAUGCAGAGCGCUUUGCUGUACUAAAGCCACACACUUUGUGGGAACGGUCUUCAUUAAUAAAAGUAAUUUGUCACAUCUUUGGAAACAUAGUAACAAACCUUAUGCAAAAAAAUGGCGGCAAUAACGUUUUAACAAAACUUUCUCACGCCAUUCAAAAAGGUCAGUCGUAUGUGUACAAACAUUAUACCAGUAUAAAUUUACAGUAUGUGAAUUAAGCCGAACCGAUAUUUCAAAGAAAGUGUGUCUGUAUACUAAUCAAAUGAAUCAAGUUAUUCACUCUCGCUACCGAAUGACUGAAAAAAAUAUUAAGGGAAACAUUUUUUAUUGGAAAAAUAUUUCAUUCAUAUCUUUACCUUAUUGUUAUUAUGGUUUUGUAAAGCGCGAAAAUCAAUAGAAUUAAAAACUGACGGAAUUAGUUGCGCAAGAAACUAAAACUAAUUCUCACUUAGCGUGGGCAGAAUUUUAUUGAUAUGGAAAUAGAAAGCUAACAAUUGUAUCGUGUGCUCUAUCAAUACGCAAUAAACACUUACAAAUGUAGAUUUCUCGGACUGCCAUAGUUCAGACACAAAGAUUGUACUUGAACGAAGUAAAGCAAAACAAAAAUAUUCAUAACUUUAAGUUAAUUUUUUGGAGAGACUAGUUUGGUAAGAUGACAAAAAGUUCUCUAUUUGGCCAGAAAUAAAAACUUUUCCCUGGAUGUUAUAUUAUUAACCAGUAUCGGAUUAAGAAGAAUGUAAUAAACGUAGUUUAUGCCAUGUAGUUGAAUUUUGUAAAAAAAAGAAUUAAUUCCAGCAGUUUUGUACAUGUACGUAUGUCUAUCAUAAUAGUUUUCAUAUAGGCUUAUAGUUUAUGCUAAGAUGUAUAUAGUCAGACACAAGUUUACCCCUAAAAGGGCC